AUGGACUCUGCCGCCACCACCACCAAUCGAAGGAUCCUUUCCGGAGUGAGCUUGGACGAUGAGGAAGAAGAGGAUAUGGUCGAGGUGGCCCUGGGUGGACAAACCCUGGCAGAAAUACCUGUCCAACAACCAUUUCCAGAGGAUGAAAUGACACCAGUGCCUGCUGAUCCUCCACCGGAUAUUGAAAACGCCGACACGUUCAUGUCUCUAAUCGAGGAAGUAUCGCAUGACGAUGAUGAUGAUGAUGAUGAUGACAGUGAGGAGGAGGAACCAAACGAUGAAGAACCAAAAGCAUGUGAGGCAGUAGGCGAAGUGAUUGUUGUCGAGGAUGACAAUGCGCUGAGCGAGAGCGAAAACGAGAACGAUUAUGAUACUGUACAGGGGGACGACGACGAGCAGGAGGAGAAGGAACAUGACUCUGAGGACGAGCUACAAGAAGAAGAAGAAAACAACGACACAGAAGCAGAAGAAGUAGAAGAACCUGAAGAAACGGACGAGGAAGACGAGGAAGCUGUCAGUCCAAGAGCGUUCUUUCGAAACGACGACUACGACCGGUCGGAUGACGAAAGGUCGGAUCCACCAGGAGCUGAUGCAGCCACUGCCAUCUCAUCCAUCGGAAGCGUAUCAGCUCGACAGUCCUUUCUACGAAAACAAGAACGGACACUGAAGGAAAUGUCUCGAGAGCUUGUCCGGGACAAGUACAACAGCCGCAGUCGCUACACGUAUGGCAGUGAUAUCGAGACGAACAUGGACAAUACAAGCAAGUGCGUCAUUGAUGAAGAAUCGACCGAAGUUUCGGAUGUUGUUGACGAGAAACAACAUCAACCUCCAGCAGCAGGCUUUCGAGGAUGCUCGCAUCCCUGCGGAAAAUAUGAAUUGGCUGCAGUUCUUCUCUCCUUCCUGGCCUUUGUUCUUUGUGGAGUGUCUACCGACCGGUGCGAUUUCCUGGUUGUAGAGGGUUCCGAGGAGGCUCCAGGCUUCUUUGCCUUGGCCCAACGUGAUGUUGGAUUGGUUCAGUUUGAGACGAUUUCCCCCGAGACCUCAACGUCCAAGUGCCUUUACUGGUUUGAUGACCCAGAUGCCUCAGCACAACUCUACGACCAUGUGUGGCAUGCCGCGCGGUUCAUGUCCGUGACCGCAACCUUCUUGGGGCUGUUCUUUGUAGGCUUCAUUUGCACUAUUUCGUGCGUCUCCUACGAUGCCGUCAUUUUCCAGAUGUUGGCAUUUGCUUCCUUGAUCAUGCCGUUGUUGUACGGGCUCUCCUUCAUUGUCCUGGGCUCAAAUGUUUGCCUUGAAGGAUCCUGUGAAAUUGGGAUUGGUGGCCUUGUGCUCAUUCUAGGCAUUAUUGUCUGGAUGAUGGUGGCGGCGGUCCUCUACUUGAUCCCCGGUCGUAGAUUGCUCGCUGGUCAGAAGACACAGGAAGCAUCGCCGGCAUCGGUUGAGACUGCAAAACACCACCUAUACAGUGGACACUUGGGAGUUGGCAUCCUUUUCGUGAUCUUCUUUGUUGCUCUUGUUGACAUUUCUGUAAUCCUUGGAAGGUCUCCGCCUGCAAUUGAAGAAGAGACUGUCGCACCAACCGAAGCUCCAUCUACAGAAAAAGUUUUGGAUUGGCUUCAAGAGGGAGAACUGAUUUUGGGACCUUUUCCUGAUUCUCGGGACUAUUUAUCGGUUGCCGGAAACGGAAGAGUCAUAUCCCUGAUUGGAAAAGAAUCCGUGCUAGUCAUGGAGCACGAUGAAGCAAAAAGGUUGUGGUAUCCAUUCGGUAACAUGAUCUCUGCAAACUUGGAUCCUACUGGUUGGGAUCCUGACGACAGAAUCACCAAGGUCAAAGCAACUGCAUCCUCUCUGUCGAGCAACGGACGAAUUGUUGCUGUGGCCAGCAACAACUGGGCAAAUGGUCCUGCAGAUGUUGGUAGAUACGAGUUUGGCCGUGUGCAGGUGUGGCAGCACCAUCAAUCGUCAUCUCGCUGGAUUCCCAAAGGGCAUCCGAUAACCGGAAAGGGGAUAAACGAUGCCUUUGCCACAAAAGUGGAGCUUGACAGCCUUGGAACGCGACUCGCUGUGGUUGCUACUGGCCAGUUUGGAAGAAACGAGCCAUAUGUGAGGAUUUAUGAAUACAACGAGGUUCUGGAGGCAAAUGGCAACUGGGUCCAACUUGGACAGGACAUCAGGCUUGAAUCGUUUUGGACGUCAUCGGGAUUCGCCUUUUCGGGAGACGGGAAGUCCUUUGCACUUGGGUCUCUUCGUAUCGGCCGGCUUGGGCUCGUGACAGUGUGGCACUACGAAAGUGAUAAGAAGAUGUGGAUUAGGCUAGGAAGCCCCAUCACUGCUGGUUCUUCGAAACGGGAGGACAAAUUUGGUGCUUCUGUUGCAAUGGCCUAUGAUGGUUCGGCAUUACUUGUUGGAGAUCCUGGGGGAAGCCCUGCGUAUGCUCGAGCUUUCUGGUUCAAUGGAAAAGGGUGGAAACAACUUGGGCAGGACUUGGAAUGCAAUUUAGAUGGGCGUUGCGCGAAUGAUGUUUCGAUGUCUUACUUUGGAUCAAUGGUGGCCAUUACUGGGUACCACAGUUUCAACCAAGUAGCCAGGGUGUACUCUCUGGAUGGGCCUCAGCAAAAGUGGGUGAAGGUGGGUGGCGACAUCCAAGGACCAAAGUCUGAACAUAGCAUCGAGGGAACAUCGGUCGGCAUAUCAGAUGACGGUAGAACAGUUGUGUUUGGCACAACUUUCCAAGACACGCAAACGCAAGUGUGGCAGUACACGGGUGGACUUUACAUUGAUGUACCACUUGAAGGCAAUCUGGCAACUGGAGUACCAACGCAAACACCUUCUGGGACCAAUGAGUCGACUGUCCAAUUAGUUUUGGAUAGUUCCUCAAAUGCGACUGUCACCUACGCUCCAGCAGCCAUCACUCCACUACCAUUGGGCAAUCUGUCGCUUGCAGAACCUGUUGAGAACGCAACCAAAGCAGAAGCAAUGACAAACUCCAGUUCAAAUUCUUCUGCUUGGGUUAACACUUCUCUCCUCGAGCUAAACGAUACUGAAUCGACGGGUCAUCCAUCAGAGAGUGUUCCUUCUAGCUCAUUGCAACCACACGCAUGGAUCAGAGCAGUAGCGGGAGAAGAAUACGCAUUUUUCUUGUUUGAUUCUGUGCCUCCUCGAAUCGAACGCUAUAAUUUGUCCUCGCGACAAUUCCUCCUUCCCGUCUUGUUGCCAACCAGCCACGGACCUCCCAGUGCCAUGGGGAUUGACGAUUCUCUGCAGAUUUACGUUGGUUUUGGAGCCCAAGCUUAUCGCUUCAGUUUCGACGGAGCCAAUGAAACCCGAAUUGCUGCCGACGCAGGCGAAAUUGACUCAAACAUCCGAGAAUUUCUCUUUGAUGAUAAUGACAUUGUGAUCAUCAAUGCUGGCCAACACCUCAUCAGUGUCAAUCGAAGAACAAACAAUAUGGUCAAGAACGUCUUUUCCUACAAUGAGCUCGUAUUGGGGGCUUCUCUCUCUUCUCGCCGCCGCCGAUUGUUCGGGCGGACACCUGUUGAGCUUGCCCCAGUGUCAGGCGAUGUGAUCAGGCCAUCAGAAUUGUGGUUCAAAGAAUACGACGCACAAGGUCGUUUCGUCAGCGAGAAACUAUCGGAAAUCGGCGAAAAUGUGGAUGUCGGCACUGCCUCCAAGACUUGGAUCUUCCCAGAUCAAACGCGAGUUAUUGACGAUCAUGGAUUCGUAUUCUCCGUGACGAACAACGCCGAGCACGUCUACACAGUAGACACACCCAAGAUACUCGACAUCGCAUGGUUGGGGGGCGAAGUUAUGGUCGCCCUCCAUAAGAAUGGGAGCCUUUCCUCGAUUUCUCAAGAGCUGGUUUCGAGGGGAUCGUUGACUCUGGACUUUGCACCUUCGAACAUUGCGGUCAAUAAUGGAGAGGUUCUUACUUUUACUUACGAUCUAGUCGCAGAUAACGGCAUUCGAGUCGAUGCACACUACCUCGGUCUGCUGAAUCCGUCGUUGCCUGGACGGCAUAUCCAGCCUUCUGGGAUCCCCUUCACACCAGCUUCACCCUUUGUUGAUAAGGACAGCUUGCUAUACAUGUUCAGCAAAGGACAUGCAAGCAUCUUUGUUAUGGAGCCGAAAGAGAAGAGUUACCUCGAUUCUAUCAAGCUUGAAGAGAUUCCGAAGUUCAUUGCAUACUCCAGCAUCAAUCACGAGGUAUAUCUCCUGCGGGAAGACGGCGUUCUGAGCAAAAUUGAUCUUGGAGGACAGAACAGAACUGAAGUGCACAUUGCCAAGCUGCCAGCAGCUCCCUUCGGCCUGUCCACCGCUGGCAAGUACAUUUUUGUCUGCGACGACGCAGGUGCCUUUGCCACCCACUACACGUUCCUCAGCAACGGAACCGUGGUUUCUGCGGUUGAUUGGAAUCAUGUGGACAAGGAAUAUGUGUGGUCGGAAGUCAACCGCAAGAUGUACUUCUUCAGACAGGCAAACCCAACGGACCUCAUGACGGAACACAUCUUUUUCAACGGGACAAUCGGAAUACGGGUGGAUUCCUACCUGAACAACAACUCGGGGUUUGAACACCCGAUUCGAGUGGACCCAGCUGGGCACCGUGCAGUGCUUGGUUCGGGGGUCGUCCACAACGCAAGGACUCUGAAACGCUUGAAUGUCACACUCUCGAAUCGUGUCCUUGAUAUCGCCUUCAGCAAAGGGGUUGCAAGGAGUAUCCGAAACCUUGGCAAGGACAAAGUGCAGCUUCAGCAGUGGCAUGAAAGAACCUUCCAACUGCUGAACGCGACAGAAUUAAGCGGGCGAGGGCACCACUUGUUUGCAUUGGAUGAAAACAAGACGGUUGCUGUUGUCUCAAAUGAAACAGGAGUGCCGAUGGCUUACGUCUUAGACGAGCAUUUCCGGCUUUCUUGA